AUGGAGAUACCUUUGAAAUCACGUCCCAAGGUUUCUACAGUCAACUUAUUGGACGAGUCUAAUUUUCAGAUUCCAAAUGAUUAUCAAAACCAAGUUUCCUCGCGCAUAACAAGGGGAGACUCGACUUUUCGAUUUGAGUCGGAGAAGGAGAAGGAGAAGGAGAAAGAAGGUACAAAUGCUCAUCAGGGUCAGCUGAAACUACGGCGCAAUAUCCCAAUUUUGCAAAAAGAUGCUAGUAAUCAAACCGAUAUCUCGGUUGCCUCGGUUGCUUAUAAUGACAUUAGACGCCCUAGAAGAUAUUCGGAAACAGAGAAGAAUAACUUUGAUCUGGAAACUGGUCAUAGAAUACACGAAGAUGGAAAAAUUCGGCCUCAAACAAUUAGACACGAGAGGAGUGGUCCAAGACAUUCGGCAACUCAAUUCUUUAACAAUACUCCACAUAUGGAAGAUUCCGUCCUGGGAAAACUAUACUCGCGAUCGCACAAUAGCAAUAUCGAUGUAGGACUAACCUACUCCCAAGGUUUGGAAGAUGAAUAUAUUCCAGGACUAGACUUUGGUGAUAUAGUUUACAGGUGGAAUAAUAAUGCGAGCACUCAAGAUUUGAACUUGUCGAGGAUCCCCACUUCAAGCAAUCACAGCACCAGCUCAAACACACCACAUAGCAACAAUGUUUCCUAUCUAGAUUUAAACCUUUUGCAUGCCCAAGUAGCCCCACAACCAAUACGGCCGAGUUCUCAACACCCCUCUAAGUUCUCAUAUACAAAGCUACACGAUUAUAUAAAAACUAGGCGUUCAGAGCAGAACGAGGAAGGUGUCCAGAAUCGAUGCGAAGAAGAUCUAACGCCACAAGGAAGCUUGUCUAAAGCCGAUAUUGAAAUGACACCACCGUCGCCAUCGGAUAUCAGUAAACGCAAAACAUUACAAGCAGGCUUAAUGUCUUCCUCCAUAAAAUCUAAGAAACUAAGGCCAUCUGUUGUUGACUCUAAAAUAAGCGAGGUUGAUUAUGAGAUGAUAUUAAACAGUUUACCAGCAAACUUUAGUGAAUUACCUUAUUCACAAAGAAAGAAAUGGGUGCACGCAUUUUCUGAGAGCAUUGACUAUUCACAAUUUUCAUUAUUUGCAAAAAACUAUUGGGGCAACUCGUUUGGUUCGAGCAAGACCCCAAAAAACGGAAGUAUAACUGAUUCGCACGAGGGAAGCCUUACUCGAAGACUGCGUGCAAGUAGUUCUAAUACUUUGGCAGGUCGUCUUCUUGCAAGGACAUCGACAACAGAUGUGAGAAAAGCUCCGGAAAUAAAACCAAAACAUAACGUGGAUGAAAAGGGCGCCAUUGUUUUAGGUUACGAAUUGGGAAAAAUAAUAGGGUUUGGAGCCUGGGGUACAAUUCGAGAAUGUACUGGUCCUAAUGGAUGUAUCAAAGCUAUGAAAAUCGUAAAGUCCUGUCGAGAUACGGACACGAGACCAGGCUGCAAAAGUAGUCCACGGGAGACUGGUGCGGAAAAUCGUCAUUUUCCAAAAAUUCUCGAAGUGUUCAAGAAAGAAAUACAGAUAUGGAAACAAUUGAAUCACCCAAACAUACUUCCGCUUAUCGAUUAUUUGGAAACAGAAGAUACCAUCUUUUGUGUAAUGAACAGGAUUAAUGGAGGCACUGUUUUUGAGCUUGUUUCGGAAUGGGGUCAGUACAAUACUGGAGUUUAUGAAAGCACUGGCAAAAUUGAGUUUCUGAUUGGAAAACAGCGAAGGAGACUAGAGCAAGUUAUUUAUUGUGCUAUGCAAAUUGUAGACGCUCUUCUCUAUAUGCAUGAGGAGAAAGGAAUCGUACAUGGAGACUUAAAGCUAGAAAAUUCUUCAAUGAAAUAUAAUGACAACCACUUGAUAACAGAAAGUGAAGAAAUAUUGAGAAGCAAGUCGACCAAUACCGAGAUUCGAAAACCUUAUACUGGAGGAGAGACAACUAGCAGUAAACAAUUGGACUUUUGCAUUAGAGACGACUCUCGAAUUGGCAUUUCAAGCUUAUUCAAAAAUCACGGACCAUCUGUCCAGUCUGUCCACUUGAGUCCAUUGGCAUCUGUGCCACAGUCGCCAUCAUCUGCAUCGUUUUUUGAAUUUAGUAAAAAUUAUCUACGCAAAGAAAAACGUGUCAGCGGCAUUGAUUCGGAGUUACCACAUUCGCACAUCGGAUCGUUACCUUAUGCGUCACCGGAAUUGCUCCAACCUUGCCCACCACCAUUGGGUCCUCUGGCAGAUGUUUGGGCUUUGGGGAUCAUGCUUUAUGCCAUGUGUGUUGGAAGGUUACCAUUUCAACAUCAUUACGAACCCCGAUUAAGAGCAAUGAUCACUGCUGGUCAAUACAAUAAAGAUGAUCUAAAAAAGGCUUGUUUGAUGGAAUGGAUCUUGAAAGAUUCAAAGCUCAAAUCUGCUCUGGAAAGCAACGAUGAUAUUCCGGCAUCAUUGAUUCUUCUGUCUCCUUCAAUGGUGGACUUGUCUAGACAAAAGCAGUUGAACGAAUUGCAAAUAGAGUGGAGAAAUUACACAGAUAGAACAAGAUAUAAAGUGUUGUAUGAUAUUGUGGUUGGUUGCCUUGAAACAAACAUUACCAAGCGAUGGGACAUGCGGAUGAUUUAUGAAGCUCUUAAUAACACUCAUUAG